CUGAGGUCCAGUCAUCUCAUACUGACUCACUCCAAGGUGUCCUGACACAGCUAGUAAAAAGGUUGCACAGUGAGCAUGAACCUGAGCCUCCCUGACCAGAACAUGCACAACCCCAGUGACGGUGGUCUGGAGGAUAACAAGGCUGGGCUCAUGAUCCCCUGCUUCCGUAGAAACAUGUAUGAUGAGCCUCUAAUUUCAUACUCCAACGGAUCCAUCAUCUCUCACCUCCUGCGCAAAACCAUACACAACAAGAAGGCUCUGGACGAAAGCCAUUUCUACCUACCCACAUCGACUGUGUCCAGCUCCACAAUGGCUGACUCCAGUCAGGAAGACCAGAGCAGUGUCUCAUCCAAGGACAGUGCGGCAGAGUCUGCAUCCCCAGGCAGGCACCUCUCGACCAGGGUCAGCCCUGAGGAGGACAGGCCCCUGAGUGAUCACCUCCAGGCCAAGCGUGCCCGUGUGGAGAACAUAAUCCGCAGCAUGGCGGGGUCUCCCAACAGCAGGCUCCAUGGGGACAGUGAAAGGGCUGAGUCAGACACCAGGGAGGCUAGAGAGGCCUACAGGGAGAACAAACGUAAACAGAUGCUCCCCCAGAAUCAGGAGCACAGUCUCAAUGCGGCAGCUCCAGCUAACAGAGGCAGCAGUAGCAGCAGCAGCAGUAAGGAUGAAGAGUGCCACAAACUGAAGGUGCAGCUCCAGAGCAUGCAGAGAAUCCUGAGACAGCUCCAGGAUAAGUUCUUACAGGUUUAUAACCAGGACGACGCUGUGCACGAAGACAGAGAUGACACAGGCACAGCCAGCCCUCCUGAAAAUGAUGACACCACACCAAGCAAAGAGUCUGGGUUCAUGUUCCAUAUAAACAUGGAUGAGGAGUUAGAGAGGAAGCAUGACAGUGGUAAAGGGGGCUGUAAGGACAGAGUGAAGACAGACAGAAGUUAUCUGACACAUCAAAGGGGAGGCAAGAACCUACAGGAGACUCUGAAGCAUGAGCUCUCCAAAGCGAUGAGUGAGAGUGUAGAUAGGGUGUUCAAGAAACUCUCCUCCACGGGGCUCAACCAGUCAUCUCAUCAGCGCAUGUGUCACACCCUAGAGCACGUCAUUAUGGGAGCUGAGAGGAAGAUCCAGGUACCCUGUAACCAGGAGCAAUCACACACUGAGGAGCCAGUCAAACCCCAGGCUCUAGAGCACUAUGAGAGAAGUGAGGCUUGCAGUCCUAAGGAUCAGACCGAAGCUCUGUCUCUAGUGGUCCGUAAGCCACCCCUGAGCCAGCUUAGCUCAGUUACCCCGACGGUGAAGAGGCCCUAUCCCUUACACCAGUCUCCAUUCCAGUUCAACUACAGCACACCUCUCCAUGACAGUCAAAUGCUGGAACACCUCCUCAAAUACGGGCCCCACACUAACUUCGGUCUCCCAUGCAUGCCCCCAUCCAUGGACAGAACCUCACCAAACUCGGUGGACCUACCCUGGUCCAUGAGGUCCAAAGUGACAUCCAGCCACCUGGCCCACCACCAUCACCCAUCAGGCCUGGGUCCAGUGACCGUGGACAGUCUGUGUCUCCCUCAUGUCAAGAUGGAGUGUGGGGACCUGCAGAGCAUAGCAGAGAGAAACUCCUACAUGUCUCUCAAUAUAUCCUUUUACUGGCCUGAAAAAUCUCUGUCCCAGUUAACGUCUAUAAUUGCGGUCAUUGUUGACUUCCUGCAAGGCCUAACCCCCAACCAUCUGAAGAAAGCUAAGCUGAUGUUCUUCUACACCCGUUACCCCAGCUCCAAUGUGCUGAAAACCUUCUUUCCAGAUGUCAAGUUCAAUCGCUGCAUCACCUCUCAGCUCAUCAAGUGGUUCAGUAACUUCCGGGAGUUUUACUACAUCCAGAUGGAGAAGUUUGCCCGCCAGGCCAUAGUGGACGGGGUCAGGGAUGUGAAAGACAUGUCCAUCAGCAGAGACUCUGAGCUGUUCAGAGCCCUCAACAUGCACUAUAACAAAGCCAAUGACUUCCAGGUUCCUGAGAGAUUCCUUGAGGUUUCUGAAAUUACUCUUCAGGAGUUUUUCAACGCCAUUUCAACUGCUAAAGAUUCUGACCCCUCUUGGAAGAAGGCAAUCUACAAGGUCAUCUGUAAACUGGACAAUGAUGUCCCAGAUGAGUUCAAAUCAUCCACCUGCCUAUAGAUGGAACAAGCAAAAGCCAUGCUCAAGGAAGGAAGGACAUUUUGAAGUCAUGCAAUGACAAUAAUUUCAGAUUUUAACCCGUUGCCAAUUAAUUGGAUUUUAGUGAGGAAAUUCUGGAAAAAACAUGAUGUUGUAUUAUACACUGCAGGAACCUACUUAUGGCACACACUUUUUACAGUCUCAGUAAACACAUUAUAACACUGCUUCAGCUCUCUCCUAUGAGUUUUUGGUAACACAUACUUGACACCAAGGUCAUAACCAUGUCAUAAAUUCUCACAACAGCUGAUUAUGACACCUACAUAAGAGGGUCACAACCCACAUGUAUUCAAAAUCUUUUUUUUCCUUGCCAAGAAGUUUACUUUCAUUUGAAAGUUUGUUUCUUCAAUAUUCUGUUGUUGUUAUGAAUUCUUUAGUCAUGUUUUUUUUCUCAACACAUUUGAAAUAACUUGUAGAAAAUACACUUUAUGACACUGACCAUCGUAAUCAUGUAAGCCAAAAAGUUGACACGUAGGCUAUGGUUAUGGAAUGUUUUGCCUUGUGUGGUAGGUUUCUGCCUUGUGUGGUAGGUUUUGUGGGUUUUGACACUAUUAUGUAGGUGUCAUAACCAGCCAUAAAAUAACGCAAUAUGUGUCACAACAGGUUGAAAUAUAUGUGUCAUGACAGUGUUAUGACCAUGUUAUAACAGGUUAUGACAAGUUAUGUCAGCUGUUAUGACAUAUUAUGACAUGGUUAUGACCGUGGGUGUCAAGUAAAGUGUUACUGAGUUUUUUUAAAGACUUAGCUGAGUGCAUAUGUUAUUACUGUGUCGUUGUGUUUCCAUGUGGAUUCAAUUAAUACAAUAUGUAGUUGCAUGUUUGUAGAUUUACUGAUAUUUAAAGGCAGUGUUUCAGUACUAUAGUGUACUUGCUAGGUCUGGUAGACUUACAAGUGUUAAGAAAUUUGUACUUUUUAUACAUAUUUGACUUAUGUUUCCUCAAUGGACAUGGGAUUUAAUCGUCUCUAUAGGUGAGAGAAAGAUUCCUUCGUAUCAAGCGUCUUAUGUAAAUGUGAAUACGCCACAAUUACAUUUGGAUACCCUAAAGUAUUUAAGACCAAAUAAAUAACCUAAUAACAUGUAAAUAUUGCAAAUGACCAGAAACGUACAAAAAAAAGCUGUUUAGAUGUUUGUGUGCCUAUUGCUAUAGUCUAUGGCCUACUGUCAUCUUACUUCCAUAGACACCAUAUUUUGAGUGGUUAUUUGAUAGUCCAGUUGAUAGAUUAAAGCUGCACUUAACUUCAUCUUGUGACGUCUUGUUUCGUUAUAACUGAUUGUAAGUUGCUCUGGGUGAGAGUGUCUACUAAAAUUACUUAAAUGUAAACAAGCACAAUUAUAUUUUAUUGAAUUAUUUCACAAUUAGUUUCAGGCAUUACCAAACAUUUAGUA